AUGUCUAGUGGCUCUGUUCUUAGUAAAUUAAAACCUGCUCAAGUUAUAGAAAUAACAAAAGCAUUUAUGGAAUUUGAUGACAAUGACAAUGGUUUUAUUACAGCUCAAGAAAUGAAAGAAUGUCUUGGUCGAUCAAAUGUUUCACAUAAAGAUGCUGAAAUUAAUGAAGUUAUAGCAAGUAUGGACGCUAAUAAAGAUGGCACUGUAUCAUACGAAGAAUAUAUGAAAUUUAUGGCUCGUAUGACUACCGGACAAUCAUCAAAAUCCAGUCAACCACCCAAGAAAAAAUAA